CAUUCGUCCAUACGUAGGUGGGCGUGUCAGCAUCAGGUUUCAUUUCAACCAUUAGAUCAUCUAGGCUAUGUAGCUUGCGCGAUUACACAUGAAGUUACAGCAUUAUUCGUGAUUCGCUAAGAAGUGUAUCCUACUAAGCAGAGUUUAUAAUGGUAAACUUUUGACAUAGUUUGAUAUAAAUCCACCCGGGAAAGUACAAAAUUUGCGCACGGACAUGGCUAAGGCAUACAAACUGUAUGUAGGAAUAGUGACAGCUUUGGCCCUUUGCAAAUAUUCUCUGGCUGAAUGGAAUGCAACUGAGGACGAGCAUGAAAACAAGACUGUGUCCCUUCAUCGCCAGGGCAACUCAAACAACUUCACAGAAACUCAAACCCAAGAUGAAUUUGAUGGCCUUUUCACCAAAUGCCCAAAGGAGUACCAGCAUUACUGUAUUCAUGGGUCAUGCCGUUUUUUGGAGGAACAGGACAGUCCUUCAUGCAGAUGUAACAAAGGGUACAUUGGGUCCAGGUGUGAGUAUUUUGAUCUGGACUGGAGUAUACAAGACCAGAGGCAGAUCAUCGUAGCCUGUGUGAUAGCAGCAUUGGUCUUCAUGAUACUACUCAUCAUCUUCAUCUGCGUCUGUGCACAUCGACAUAAACUUUGUAGACAGAAGAGAAGAAGAAAAGAAGAAACAGGGAAUGGAACAGAAAAGCUCAAUAUGAAUAUAAUGAACAGAAAUGGAAAGCAUUCCUCGGAUUCAGCAGAAACUUCAGACACCAAUGCAGUAUGAUGAGCCACAGGGUCUAUUCAUGGUAUUCUCUGGCCGGUCGGGAUGAUGGCCUUGGAUGGGAGUGACUGUUGGGAAAAGAGAGUGCUCUAUAGUGUCACCAGAAGAUAAACAACCCCGUUCUUUCCAGCUGCUGCUCACCGUCUAACAAAGUCGAAUGCACUGGUUGUAAGCCACUCUGGAUAAGAGCGUCUGCUAAAUAGCUAACAUGUCAACGCUGAAAACCCUGUUCAGUGCAGAGAUGUAGUAACCCACGAGAGAGACUGGACCAACUCCCUGGAACUGUCCUAUCUUUACGGUCACCAUGGAAAUGGAUCAACAAAACAGUAUCUCCCUUUGCCUUUGUGUAAAUGAAAUAAUGUGAUUCAUGUUUCUUUUAAAUACUAAUUUUGUGUAAAUGAAAGGUUCGUCCAUGUUCAUCCAACCAUAAUGAGCUGGAACUGGAAGUUAAACCAGAUUUUCGAUAAUGUUUCGUGGACAACAAACAUACAUUUUAACGGUCCUGUAACCUACUGUUAUUUGGGCAUGGAUUAAAUGAAUGAUGUGUAUUUAAGCUAGAACUCCAAUGAUGCUUUCUUGUGGAUGUGGUGUGUUAUAAUGGAGAGACCUGCCAUGUAGCCCCUCACGUUGGACAGGCUGCAUGUCUAAUAAUGCUGAAGGGUGGACCCUUAAUGUGCCUGUACAUGGUGGUCAAUUUGACCUUUCUGAAACAGAGUAAUUCCAAUGUCGUUGUAAUCAUGUUAAAGUUAUCACUUUUCACAAGCUCCGUUUUUUUCCCAGCAGCUGUGGGAUGUAUGUAAUGAAUGUAUAUAUUUUUACACAUAGGCAAAGCAAAGAAACUCCUGGUAUGGGCUAAGGUGUCUGUUACUGAAUUAAGCUGGAGGGUUCUCAAACCUGGAUGAGAAGGUUACAAACAAGAACUUAUUUCGAGACAUACAGCCUCCUUGCUACCAGGACAGCUGUGCUUGUGUACUAAUGUGGGCAGAUAUAAAGUAGUCCACUGUUAAGGAAGAUGUAAUGGUUUCUCCGAAUAUCAUCAAUAUCACCUCUAUACUUAGAGGGAGUAUAGACUUUGAGUCAGCACUGUGAUACGUUAGCCCUGCAAAAUGAAGCACAUUAAAAAAAGAUUUUUUGUAAUAGUUCGUAUGCUUCUUUUUCUCACAAUGUGCCCGAGUAGAGUUUUGUCCACCUUGAACCUGAUUCUGACAGCCUAGUGGACCACGGCACCAUGUCUCCACCUGGCUGUGUAGACUUCCUGUUGUCUGGCUGCUGUCUUUACUCUGCCUUUCCGGCUGGCUGGCCCAGUUCACAUCACCUUUUUACUGCCGCCCAGCUGAUAAUGGCGGCAGAUAAGAACUCCUACAUGUGUGGACGGGUUUCCACAUCCUCUGAAGUUUUGGCCGGCCCACACAUCCCAUGCCAACCAAAACUAGGCAGAGCUGAGGAAAGCUUUCACCCUGUCCAUAAAUAGUGUCCACUGGCCUAGAGUAAGUAUGUGAUCAAAGAACGAUAGGAAUCCAGCAGGCACAGGGGAGGGAUCAUGUGAUUGAUGCCCGCUCUGCGUCUGAGCUCUCAAGGAUUACAGCAGAGGUACGUUGUAAAUCCAUUCAAUCCCAACAAAUCAGUCAAUGGUUUUAAGGACUUACUGCAGUUAGUUACAGCAGGGAUUCCCAAUCUAGGAGGCGUGGCCCUGAAACAGGUCCCUGGGCCUUACCUGAUUUAUAUAUACAAAUAUAUUCUCAACCUAUUUCAAAGUGGGGUGUCAUGUGUAAUUACAUGCAUUAGUCUCAAACAAUACAGAGCCCUCCCCUGAUGGUAUAAAGUACUAUUAUUAUGUUAUUAUGAGCCGGUGGUGAACUUUAUCUCCCGAAACUGCGGUGUUGUUCAAAGGGCUCUGUGGAAUGGCAGCUGUGGAAUGUGGAAUGCUUACAUAAUGAUGGGUGUGUCUCUUGAAGAUAAGAAACUUCUCAAUAAAUUAUAUCACGUUAUCCAUCUUGUUUGUUAGGCUUGGCCUGCAUUUCUCUGUUCUAGGUUUGUGACCAAAUGUCAAAAUUCCCCAGAUAUCCCCACCUACAUCUGAUCUCUGUGUCAUUUAUAUAUAUAUUUCAGGUGUACUUUCAGGGAAGAUUUUAGUUAAGUGUUUUCGGAUCUAUCAAGUAAUCUAUGCAUGAAAGUCCACAGUUAAACCUGUUCAGUUACACUACUAAAUAGUUGUAAAGUGGUAUAUUAUAAGACCAUCGUUAUCUAUAUACAUUACUUUUACACAUUUCCAGGUACUCAACCAGAGUUGGGGUCAGUUUUUUUCUAUUUCUGUCAAUUCAAAUGGUGAACCAAACUCAAUGUAAAACAAAUAAGUCCCUUAUUGACUCAAACCUUGCUAGAUACUGCCAUCUGGUGUACUAAAGUCUUGUCAGCCAUUACUAGAAAAUAGUACUAAGACAGCAUCAGAAAUGUACAGGAUCAGAAAUGUACAUAUAUUGUGGUGGAUGAAAUGAUAAUAUUGCCUUGUGUUUUUUGUGUGACUUUAUUAUAUAAAUAUAUUAGAUCUCAGUGUCUGCAUGAUGCUGCUCUCAUUCCUAGUUCUCUGUUGUGUGCAAGACAUCAAUUGUGCUUAUAAUGUGCCUACAGUCAAAUAACCCACAGCCUAUACUGGCUUCUAGG